AUGCUAGAAAUCUUUCACUCCUCCAGUUCCUCCCUCUCUUCCCCCUACCGUACAUCGGGAACUCCUUCCUCAGGUCACCACAUUGAUUUGCUAACAUGGCAGAUGGUUCACAGAAUCCGUCUAUAUGUCAACGGAGGUCUGCAAAGCCAUUUCUUGCCAUCAUACCAAGGAACUGGGCUGGGAACUGUAUCACCGUUAUCUUCUUUUAUGAUUCCUGCUCCAAUUGAAAAGGACAAAGGCUUUUCAGGUUUUAUGGUGGAUUUCCUCAUGGGAGGGGUUUCUGCUGCCGUCUCCAAGACGGCUGCUGCUCCAAUAGAGAGAGUUAAGCUCUUGAUUCAGAAUCAGGAUGAAAUGAUCAAAGCCGGACGGUUGUCUGAACCAUACAAAGGGAUUGGUGACUGCUUUGCCCGAACUAUGAAGGAUGAAGGAAUAAUUGCUCUCUGGAGAGGUAACACUGCAAACGUUAUCAGAUACUUCCCCACCCAGGCCUUAAACUUUGCUUUCAAAGACUACUUUAAGAGGCUUUUUAACUUCAAGAAAGAUAGGGAUGGCUACUGGAAGUGGUUUGCAGGAAACUUGGCAUCGGGUGGUGCUGCUGGUGCCUCGUCUCUUCUGUUUGUAUAUUCUCUUGAUUACGCUAGAACACGGUUGGCAAAUGAUGCUAAGGCUGCCAAAAAGGGUGGUGAAAGGCAGUUUAACGGUUUGAUUGAUGUUUACAAGAAAACACUCAAAUCUGAUGGUAUGGCUGGGCUUUACCGUGGAUUUAAUAUCUCAUGUGUUGGAAUCAUUGUCUACCGUGGGCUCUACUUUGGAAUGUAUGAUUCGUUGAAACCUGUAGUUCUGGUUGGUUCAUUGCAGGAUAAUUUCUUCGCUAGUUUCUUACUGGGAUGGGGUAUCACAAUUGGUGCCGGGCUGGCCUCUUACCCAAUUGACACGGUGCGUAGAAGAAUGAUGAUGACCUCAGGAGAGUCUGUCAAAUAUAAGAGCUCCAUGGAUGCAUUUUCACAGAUCGUCAAGAACGAAGGGGCCAAAUCACUCUUCAAGGGAGCUGGAGCCAACAUUCUGCGUGCUGUUGCGGGGGCUGGUGUACUUGCUGGUUACGACAAAUUACAGGUUGUCGUUUUUGGCAAGAAAUACGGCUCUGGCGGUGGUGGUUAA